AUGGCUGAUGUUGAUCCAGAGACCCUUCUGGAGUGGCUUCAGAUGGGACAAGGAGAUGAGAGGGAAAUGCAGCUUAUAGCUCUGGAGCAGCUUUGUAUGCUUCUUCUGAUGUCUGACAAUGUUGAUAGAUGCUUUGAAAGCUGUCCGCCGAGAACAUUUCUGCCAGCUCUGUGCCGUAUUUUCCUGGAUGAAUGUGCGCCAGACAAUGUGCUAGAAGUGACAGCUCGUGCUAUUACCUACUACCUGGAUGUGUCUGCUGAGUGCACUAGAAGGAUUGUAGCAGUGGAAGGGGCAAUUAAAGCUCUCUGCAAUCGUCUUGUUGUGGCAGAGAUGUCUUCUCGCACAAGUAAAGAUCUGGCAGAGCAGUGCAUUAAAGUGUUGGAAUUGAUUUGCACAAGGGAAUCUGGUGCAGUGUUUGAAGCAGGCGGUCUGAAUUGUGUACUAACAUUUGUUAGAGAACACGGCUCACAGGUUCACAAAGAUACUCUCCACUCCUCCAUGACUGUUGUAUCACGACUGUGUGGUAAGAUGGAGCCUCAAGAUGCAGCAUUGGAGACUUGUAUAGAAUCUCUGUCUACGCUUCUUGAUCACGAUGACCCAUUUGUUGCAGAUGGUGCAUUGAGGUGUUUUGCAUCCCUUGCUGACCGAUACACGCGAAGGUCCUUAGAUCCAGCUCCUUUGGCCCAUCACGGUCUUAUUCAGGAUUUGCUGUCCCGACUUCAGCGUGUUGGAGAAAAAGCUCAUAAUGCAUCAACAACAUCCACUCCAGGCAAGAGCUCCGUAAGUGGUGAUGGCAAGACAAGUCCCAGCGUCUCAACAGUGAUAAGCUUGCUGUCCACUCUGUGCCGAGGGUCUCCAAGUAUUACUCGUGAUCUCCUUCGCUCAAGUUUACCAGAAGCUAUUGAAAGUGGAUUGCAGGGGGAUGAGCGAUGCUGUUUGGACACAAUGCGAUUUGUGGAUCUUCUGCUUGUUCUGCUAUUUGAAGGCCGCCAGGCACUACCAAAGUCAGGAGUAAAUACCAUCACUAGUAGGUUGCCAGGGUUACGAAGAACUGAUAGUUCCAGUGACAGAUCUCAUCGACAGCUAAUUGACUGCAUCCGCAGCAAAGAUACAGAUGCCCUAAUUGAUGCUGUUGAUAAUGGAUUUGAAGUCAACUUCAUGGAUGAUGUUGGACAGACUUUACUGAACUGGGCAUCUGCAUUUGGUACUCAGGAAAUGGUGGAAUUCUUGUGUGAGCGUGGGGCUGAUGUCAACAGAGGUCUAAGGUCAUCUUCUCUUCACUAUGCUGCCUGCUUUGGUCGUCCACAGAUAGUGAAAACAUUGUUACGUUUUGGUGCUAAUCCAGACUUGAGAGAUGAAGAUGCAAAGACACCUCUAGACAAGGCUCGGGAGCGUGGAGAUGAAGGCCACAGGGAGGUUAUUGCUAUUCUUCAGUCACCUGGAGAAUAUAUGGUUCCUGCGAGUAGAGAACUACCUUCAUCAUCAGCAGGAACAUCUGCUCUAUUUGGUGCCUCAACAUCAUCUCAGUCAACUGCAGCAGCAAUUCACAUGGAAACAUCAGAUAAAGAUCUCAAAGAGGAGUCAGAGGGGGAGAAAGUGGAGACCAGUGAGAUUAAGGGUGACCCUGAAGUUUCACCCAUUUAUGUUCGACACCUGCUCCCUGUGUUUACAAAUGUUUUCCAUGUGACUAUGAUCUCAUCAAUCAGGAAAGCCAGCCUGUCUGUGAUCAGGAAAAUGCUACAUUACAUUGAUAAAGAUCUUCUUGCUGAGAUGACAGGUCCUGAGUUUUCCUCACCAAAUUUUGCAUCAUCCCUUACUGAGGUUUUGUCUAUUGUUUUGGAUGCAGAGGAUGAUGAUGAUGGUCACAUGACUGUCCUGCAGAUUAUGCAAGAUCUGAUGUUAAAAUGUCAGGAAGUGUUCCUAGAGCAUUUUGCUAGACUGGGUUUGUUUUCCAGGGUGUUGAACCUGGCAGGACCACAAGCCACUGAUGAUGAAGGAUCCAAAUCGAAAGAUGAUAAGGAAGAAGAAGAUGCUAACCUGUCAGAUGCCACAGAAAUUGUACCAGGACGACCAUAUCAUUGGAGAGAUUGGUACAUUGUUCGUGGCCGGGACUGCUUGUAUCUAUGGAGUGAAGGAACUGCUCUGGAACUCAGCAAUGGCAGCAAUGGCUGGUUCAGGUUCAUUCUGGAUGGCAAACUGGCAACAAUGUACUCCAGUGGAAGUCCAGAAGGUGGUUCGGAUAGCUCAGAAAAUAGAGGUGAGUUUUUAGAUAAGCUACAAAGAGCUCGUAGCCAGAUUAAAACAGGAACUCCUAGCCAACCUAUUCUGACAAAGUCAGGUCCUACAAGACUUGUUGUUGGUAAUUGGACACUCAUGUGUAAAAAGGACGGAGAACUGCAGAUUCAGAAUACAGAUGGUCAGCAGGCUACCAUUCUACGGGAGGAUCUGAUGGGUUUUGUGUUUGAAUCCAACCGAGGCACCAAGCAUUCAUUUACCGCAGAGACAACACUGGGACAGGAAUUUGCUGUAGGCUGGGGAGGCAAAAAGAGCAGGAAACUCAAAUCUAAAAAUGCUAUCCGUGAUAAGGUCAGGAGUACUGCCAGAGAACUUUAUGAAGAAUAUUUCAGAGCAGCUGAAGCCAAACCUCGAGGUGUUGUUUCAAAGCUGUACUCCAUAGUACAACAGCUGGAGUCAGCAUUUGCUCGUCAGCUCAGUCAGAUCAAGCCACCCAGUGAAGGUAUCUCUUGGUGCCAGGAGAUGUGUAGUGCUUUGGAGGAGCUUGUGAUUCUGCUCAAGGAUGAACAUACAAUAUCAUCAUUUGAACUCUACAAUAGUGGUUUGGUGCAAACUCUCCUUGGUAUUCUUAGUAGUUCCACAGAUGAGUGCUCUUCCAAGGUAUCCAAGAAGCAAAUGAGGAGUCGUAUCAAUAUUUUCAAAACGGUUUUCCAUGAUCAUGAACGAGAAAACGGGGUGACCUCGGCUGUCCAAUUGACCAGAAAACUGAUCUCAGCCCUUGAAGCAAUUGAGAAGUUGCCCGUGUAUUCCUAUGACCUACCUGGAUCUGGUUAUGGACUGCAGAUUCUAACAAGAAGGUUACGCCUUAGACUAGAGAAAGCUCCUGGAGAGAACACGCUGAUUGAUCGCACAGAUCGUUGCUUGAAAGUGGAACCACUGACCACAGUUGCUGACUUGGAGCGUUAUUUACUGAAAAUGGUGGCAAAACAGUGGUAUGACUUUGAUCGGCAGACAUUUAAUUUCGUAAAGAAGCUGAAAGAACCUGACUCUGCAAUUACAUUUAUACAUCAGAGUGACUUUGAUGAAAAUGGUUUGCUGUACUGGAUCGGAACAAAUGGAAAGACGUCAAGUGAAUGGGUAAAUCCAGGCCAGUAUGGCCUAGUUGUGGUGACUUCCUCUGAGGGACGCAGCCUACCUUAUGGCAAGUUGGAAGACAUCUUGAGUAGAGACAGUGCUGCCCUAAACUGUCAUACUAAUGAUGAUAAGAAAGCAUGGUUUGCAAUUGACCUUGGUGUUUGGUUGAUUCCAUCUUGCUACACUCUAAGGCAUGCCCGAGGAUAUGGAAAGUCAGCACUACGUAACUGGGAGUUUCAGAUGUCAAAAGAUGGAAUUACUUGGCAGACGCUUUACAGGCAUGAGAAUGACACCUCUUUAAAUGAGCCAGGACAACCCAAUAAACUCAUCCUCCUUCUCUUUCUGUUGGUGUCUGUGUCUACAGCAUCUUGGCCUAUUGACCUCCCAGGUGAUGAAAAGCAAGGCUGGAGACAUGUCAGGCUUCACCAGAUUGGCAAAAAUGCCAGUGGACAGACCCACUAUGUCUCUCUGUCUGGAUUUGAAAUCUACGGACGUGUCACUGGAGUGUGUGAUGAUAUUGGCAAAGCAGCAAGAGAAGCAGAGGCAAACUUGCGACGUCAGCGCAGAGUGCUUCGCACUCAUGUCCUGAAACAGAUGGUGCCCGGAGCCCGCGUAAUCCGAGGUAUGGACACCCGGACACACAGGACAAUAGUGGGCUUUCUGUCCAGCAGCAGGUGCUGGGUGGAUGUGACAUGGGAUGCAGGUGGCUCUAAUUCAUACCGCAUGGGUGCAGAAGGAAAAUUUGACCUGGCCUUGGGUCCAUCACAUGACCCAGACAAGUUGAGGUUCACAAAACCUGAUACUGUGUCCACUCCAACUCUUAGCAGAAACAAAAACAGUAUGGCAGGCCUUGCGGCCACUUCAGAGAAAAUUAAGGUUGGUGUGCUGACAAGUCGAAAGAGUAGUUCCACUCCUAGUCUCAGUGAUGUGAUGGACUCUAGAGCAUCUGUUGCCAGCACUGAACAGGCUUCUUCCGCAGAAAACCUCACAUCCAGUAUUAAAGCGGCUGCAGAAAAUGUAGCAGAGAGCAUGGUCAAUCUUGCCAGCUCUGAAGCUAUUGUCAUGGUAACCAUGGAGAGCGCUGAAGAGGAAGCAACUACACCUAGUGGCACAGCCCCAGCAUUCAGUGGUCCAAGUGGUUCGGGCUUAAACACAUCCAGCCUGACUGCAACCAAAGGAAGUAAUAUGGUGGCCGCCGAUCCCUUAGUUGUUGUACAUAGAGGAAAUGAUGACAGUCUGGGAGAUUAUGGUGUGUUGGACCUGGCUUCAGAUCUGGCACUUGGGCUGGAUGUAGGUUCCUUAUCAGAGUCUUUGAGAGGUGCAGAAGGUGGAGUCAAGGAGCAUGUACAGAAUUUGCAGAAUGCACGUGACUCCAGGGAUAAAGCUGCUAAAAGUGAUGCCCGAAAGACUGGUAUUCCUGAAGAGACAACCAGAGGAUCACCUACCAAUUCUAUGAGUGCCAGCGAGCCAAAUUUGCCUACUAGUUUAGAUCCAACAGCAAGCCUGUUAGACUCCUUUGUGGCAGUCACUCGUCGCAACAUGACUGCUCCACAUGGCAGCAAUAUAGUACGCAACACACAUGCCAGCAGUUUAGUUCGCUUGGCAUUGGCCAAUUCACCAAAUAAUUUACUGAGUGCUGCUCAGAGCUACCCUAGUCUUACAGCCUCAAACGUGCCUACCUCCAGUACUCUCACAACCACUCAGACUAUGGCAAAUGUGAUGUCACUGAGUCAG